AUGGACGAUCUGUUUGACGUGUUUGACGGGCCUGUCGACCAGCCGCCUGUCAAGCGACAGCGAACCGACAACGACGACAAGUCCAAUGAUAAGAGCAACGAUAUCAAGAAGGAAGUGAAGGAGGACAAGAACGACAAGACCGACAAGAACAAGGACAAGGACAACAAAAUCGUGGGAGCACAAGCAUCGGUGCUGGAUGAGGCUCGAAUCGCCACAAUGGACAGCUUCGAGAAGACCGCCGAGCGAGAGGUGGAUGACGCUGAAAACGGAGUGGACUCCAGUGACGGUAAGGUCAAGCUGCAACAUCAGGUUCGCCACCAGGUGGCUGUUCCUCCCGGUUACGACUACAAGUCGAUUUCAGACCACGUGAUCGUGGACCCCGCCCGAACUUACCCUUUCACUCUCGAUCCCUUCCAGGCCGUGUCCAUCCAGUCCAUUGACCGACACGAGUCUGUACUGGUGUCGGCUCAUACUUCUGCCGGAAAGACGGUGGUGGCCGAGUACGCCAUUGCGCAGUGUCUGCGAAACAAGCAGCGAGUCAUCUACACAUCGCCCAUUAAGGCUCUAUCAAACCAAAAGUACCGAGAGCUGCUGGAGGACUUUGGAGACGUGGGUCUCAUGACCGGAGACGUGACCAUCAACCCCAACGCCUCGUGUCUGGUCAUGACCACGGAGAUUCUGCGAAGCAUGCUGUACCGAGGCUCCGAGGUCAUGCGGGAGGUCGCGUGGGUCAUUUUCGAUGAGAUCCAUUACAUGCGAGACACGGAGCGAGGAGUGGUGUGGGAGGAAACCAUCAUUCUGCUGCCCGACACGGUGCGGUACGUUUUCCUGUCUGCAACAAUCCCCAAUGCCCUGCAGUUUGCUGAGUGGAUCGUCAAGAUCCACCAACAGCCCUGUCACGUGGUCUACACCAACUUCCGACCCACUCCUCUGCAGCACUACCUGUUCCCCUCGGGGGGUGACGGUAUCCAUCUGGUGGUGGACGAGCGGUCGCAGUUCAGAGAAGAAAACUUCCAAAAGGCCAUGGGCCAGCUGCAGAACAAGGAUGGUGAGACGAAAAAGCAGGCUGGUGGCGGAAAGGGCGUCACGGGUAACUCAGACAUCUACAAGAUCAUCAAGAUGAUCAUGAUGAAGAACUACAACCCCGUCAUUGUCUUUUCCUUCUCCAAGAAGGACUGCGAGGCUCUGGCCAUGAAAAUGUCCAAACUGGACUUCAACACCGCCGACGAACACGCCAUGGUUCAGAAGGUCUUUACUAACGCUCUCAGCCAGCUAUCCGAGGAUGAUCGAUCGCUCCCCCAGAUCAAACACAUUUUGCCUCUGCUGAAGCGAGGAAUCGGUAUCCACCACUCUGGUCUGCUGCCCAUUCUCAAGGAGGUGAUUGAGAUUCUCUUCCAGGAGGGUCUGCUCAAGUGUCUGUUUGCCACAGAGACUUUCUCCAUCGGUCUUAAUAUGCCUGCUAAGACAGUGGUGUUCACCGGCGUGCGAAAGUGGGAUGGAAAGGCCCUGCGAUGGGUCUCGGGAGGAGAGUAUAUCCAGAUGUCGGGUCGAGCCGGUCGACGAGGCCUGGAUGACCGAGGAAUCGUCAUUCUUAUGCUGGAUGAACAGAUGGAGCCCGCUGUGGCAAAGGGCAUGGUCAAGGGAGAAGCCGACCGACUAAACUCCGCCUUCCAUCUCGGGUAUAACAUGAUUCUCAACCUGAUGCGAGUCGAGGGAAUUUCACCGGAGUACAUGCUGGAGCGAUGUUUCUUCCAGUUCCAGAACGUGUCUCAAAUCCCUGAACUUGAAGACAAGCGACGAGAGGUUGAGGCUGAGGCCGAGGCAAUUAAAAUCACAAACCCCAACGUCAAGGAGUACUACGACCUCAAGGAGUCCAUUGCUUCCUAUGGCGAGGACAUGCGACACAUUAUUACCCAUCCCUCCAACGUGCUGUCUUUCCUGCAGCCAGGACGACUGGUUGAGGUCAAGGACGAGAUUGAGGACGGUGGAAAGAAGGUGCAGCGGGACUUUGGCUGGGGUGCCGUGGUUUCGUUUGCCAAGGUGCCUCCCAAGUUGCAACUGCAGAAGAAUCUCAGUGACCACGAGAUUUACAUUGUCGAUGUGCUUCUGCCUGUGAAGGAGGGUUCUCUCAGCAGCAAGCAGCCCAACUCAAUCCGUCCCGACCUUGAGAAUGGCCAGUUUGAGGUGGUUCCCGUGACUCUCAAGUCGCUAAAGGCCAUUGCCAACAUUCGAAUUGUGCUGCCCAAGAGUCUCAAGUCGGCUAGUGAGCGACGAGUCGUGGCCAAGUCCAUCAAGGAGGUCAAGCGACGGUUCCCCGACGUGCCUCAGCUCGAUCCCAUUGAGAAUAUGAAGAUCAAGGACGAGACGUUCCAGAGCCUCAUCAAGAAGAUGGAGGUGCUGGAGGGCAAGCUGGCCAAGAACCCGUUUGCCUCGGAGCCCGACCGAGACGAAGUCUACGCUGAGUACGCCGGCAAGAUGGCGCUGGAGAAGAAGGUAAAGGAGUUGUCUGACGACAUUGCCAAGCACUACUCGAUUCUGCAGCUGGAUGAGCUCAAGAACCGAAAGCGAGUGCUGAGACGGCUGGGUUUCAUCGAAGACGAUGUCAUCCAACUCAAGGGCCGAGUUGCGUGCGAGAUCUCGUCCGGAGAUGAGCUGCUGCUCACGGAGAUGCUGUUCAACGGUAACUUCAACGACCUAACUCCCGAGGUCACAGCCGCACUAAUGUCCUGCUUUGUCUUUGACGAAAUGACCAAGGAGCAACCCAAGCUGCGGGCCGAGCUCGAUACCCCGCUCAAGGCCAUGCAGGAGGUGGCUCGAAACGUGGCCAAGGUGUCGCGCGAGUGCAAGCUCGACGUGGUGGUGGACGACUACGUCAACAAGUUCAAGAUGCAGCUGAUGGAUGUGGUUUACGCAUGGUGUAACGGAGCGUCCUUCUCGCAGAUCUGCAAGAUGACCGACGUGUACGAAGGCUCCCUCAUUCGAAUGUUCCGACGACUCGAGGAGCUUUUGCGCCAGAUGGCCAUGGCCGCAAAGACCAUCGGUAACGAAAAGCUCGAGGACAAGUUCAAUCUCGCCCUGGAGAAGAUCAAGCGAGAUCUGGUCUCCGCCGCCUCUCUGUAUUUGUAA